ACGACUGUUUUCAGAGUAGCGGCGGAAUGUUUUAGCAGAAGGACCACGCGCAAUUAACGUUAGCUAGUUGUUCUCAUGUUACCAUAGCUAAACAUCUUUUUCGUAUUUGACUGUUUGCUAAUUUCAUCCAGAGGUUGACACUUUCGUGGUGAAGAUGGGAGUACCGAAAUUCUACCGAUGGAUUUCAGAGCGCUAUCCUUGUCUCAGUGAAGUUGUCAAGGAACAUCAGAUUCCAGAAUUUGACAAUCUCUAUCUGGACAUGAAUGGGAUUAUCCAUCAGUGUUCCCACCCGAACGAUGAGGAUGUCCACUUUCGCAUUUCCGAGGAAAAGAUUUUUGCUGACAUCUUCCAUUACCUGGAGGUGCUCUUCAGGAUCAUCAAGCCACGCAAGGUCUUCUUCAUGGCGGUGGAUGGCGUGGCACCAAGGGCAAAGAUGAACCAGCAGCGAGGACGGAGAUUCAGGUCCGCCAAAGAAGCAGAGGACAAGAUAAAAAAAGCUCUGGAAAAAGGAGAGGUGCUUCCCACGGAGGCUCGCUUCGACUCCAAUUGUAUUACUCCUGGCACUGACUUCAUGGCAAGACUCCAGGAGCAGCUCAAGUAUUUUGUCCACAACAAGCUCUCCACCGACAAGCUAUGGCAGAAUGUCAACGUCUACCUGUCUGGCCAUGAGACUCCAGGGGAGGGAGAACACAAGAUCAUGGAGUUUAUUCGCUCUGAGAACUCCAAGCCGAGUCACGACCCAAACACCCGACACUGCCUGUAUGGCCUGGAUGCUGACCUGAUCAUGUUGGGUUUGACCAGCCAUGAGCCAAAUUUCUCCCUGCUCAGAGAAGAGGUCCGCUUUGGAGGAAAGAAAAACCAGAAAAGGAUAUCGGCUCCAGAGGAGACAACUUUUCACUUGCUUCACUUGUCUCUGAUGAGGGAGUACAUAGACUAUGAGUUCUCUGGGCUCAGGAAUCAGAUUGGUUCUGAUUAUGACUUGGAGCGAAUAAUAGACGACUGGAUUCUAAUGGGUUUCCUAGUGGGAAACGAUUUCAUCCCUCACCUUCCUAAUCUUCACAUCAGUCAUGAUGCUCUGCCGUUGCUGUACAAGACGUACAUCAGUGCUCUGCCCACCAUGGGGGGUUAUCUGAAUGAGAACGGCCAUCUAAACCUCAGAAACUUUGAGAAAUACAUUGAGAAGCUUGCUGAGUUUGACCGGGAACAUUUCAGUGAGAUCUUUGUGGACUUGAAGUGGUUUGAGAGUAAAGUUGGAAACAAGUAUCUGAAUGAGGCGGCCGGAUUGGCCGCCGAAAGGGAGGCUGCCAGCAAAGAAACCAACAAGAAUGAGGAUUCUACCUCAUCAGAAAGAGUGAUUGGAGAAGGAAAAGGAGGAGUAGGCGACGAUGAGGAAGAGGAGGAAGAUAUGUUUGAAACGGAGUUCAGACAAUACAAGCGCACCUACUAUAUGACCAAGAUGGGCGUAGAUGUGGUGUCUGAUGACUUUCUAGCCAAGCAGGCCAAGUGUUAUGUGGAAGGUAUACAGUGGAUUCUCCACUACUACUACCACGGUGUUCAGUCCUGGAGCUGGUACUACCCCUACCACUACGCACCCUUCUUGUCUGACAUCAGGAACAUAUCGGAGUUAAAGUUGACCUUUGACCUGGAGAAACCCUUCAUGCCCUUCCAGCAACUGUUGGCAGUCCUGCCUGCUGCCAGCAAGGAGCUGCUGCCUGAGAGUUACAGGCACCUGAUGACCAGUGAAAAUUCGCCCAUUAUUGAGUACUACCCUGUUGACUUUAAAACGGACCUCAAUGGCAAGCAGCAGGAAUGGGAGGCUGUGGUUCUUAUUCCCUUCAUAGAUGAGAGGUGCUUACUAGCAGCCAUGGAGCCCUAUAAUCUGAAGAUGACCAAAGAAGAGAAGGCCAGGAAUCGUCACACAGAGUGUGCAGUCUACUCCUAUGACUCUGAAGUAGACUUCAUGUACAUCUCCCCCCUGCCUCAGCUGUUCCCCGACAUCGUCCACUGCCAUGUCAAGAAAGCAGACAUCCCUAUGGAUGCCUGGCAUGUACAAUUGGACCACGUGAGCAGACGCCUCGACCGCUCAUCUCUGUACUUCUGUGGCUUCCCCACACUGCAACACAUCAAACACAAGUUCUUUAAGAAGAAGAGUGGGGUGGUUGUGUUCCAGCAGAGCAGCAGAGGGGAGAACAUGAUGCUGGAGAUCCUCCCGAGCCAGGACGCAGAGGCAGGAUGUGAUGAUGUUGCUGCCCAAGUACUGGGGAAGCCGGUGUUUGUCAACUGGCCGCAUCUAGAGGAAGCUCGCAUCAUUGCAGUGUCAGAUGGCGAUGUCAAGUUUUAUCUAGAGGAACCACCUGGUGUCCAAAAAGUGUAUGACAGGCCCUCCACUCCUCCCCCCACCAAAGUCACCCGCCUGUCUGACAAGGAGCAAAAGGACUGGGUGAAGGAUGUCCAGGGACUCACUGAACAUUUCUUGAAGAGGAAAGGCAUCAUGGUGAAUGAGACAUCGGUGGUUUUGUACGGCCAGUUGCUGACCGGAAGGAAAUACGUCCCCAAAGCCAACGGGGUGGUGGAACUUGAGAAACAGUGGGCUAAGCAGGUCCUGCCUUUUGCCUACCAGACUGUGGUUAAGGACAUCAAGGCCUUUUACUCGUGUCUGACCUGCUUUAAGAGCUUAGACGAGCUCUUCCCUCCAGCAACCACUGUCUUCAUGGUGGGGAACCCUUACUACGGUGCCAUGGGCGAGGUGCAAGACUCCAGUGAUGUCAUUAAAGACGGCCGGGUACGAGUGGUCUUCAGUGUGCCGCAUGAACCACAGCUGGAGCCCUUAAUCCAGAAUCAGCAUAAGUACUGUGUGAAGUACAGCCCUGGGUACGUCCUGGCAUCUCGUCUCGGCAUCACCAGCUACCUUGUCUCCCGCUUCUCAGGAAGCAUCUUCAUUGGUAGAGGCUCUAAGAGGAAUCCCUGUGGAGAGCAAAAAGCUAACGUCGGCCUGAACCUCAAGUUCAACAAGAAGAACGAGGAGGUUCCUGGAUACACCAAGAGAACUGAAAAGGAGUGGCUCUACUCUGCUGCUGUGGAGGAAUUACUGGCCGAAUACCUGGACAGAUUUUCUGAGGUAUUCAACUCGGUGUCAAGAAACGGUCAUGAUGAUGUUUUCUAUGAAGAUGACAUUUGGCCUGAAGAGGACCAGAAUGGGGCGGAGAGGGUUGCCGAAAUCACCUCAUGGUUGAAAAGUCACCCAGUAAGCUCCAUCGGCAGGACUUCAUGUGACCUACAGGUACUGGACUCUGCCAUCGUGGAGAGGAUCGAGGAAGCAGUGGAGAAAGCCAAGGUGAAGAAGAGCACCAAGAAAGUCCGUGUGACAGUCAAGCCUCAUCUCCUCUUCAGGCCCUUGGAGCAGCAGCAGGGAGUGAUUCCGGACCCGGAGGCAGAGUAUCGCCUGUUUGACAGAGUCAUCAACACCAGGGAGGGCUUCACCGUCCCACUGGGACUCAGAGGAACCGUCAUCGGCAUUAAAGGAGCGGAUCGUGAGGCAGAGGUUCUCUAUGAAGUGCUUUUUGAUGAAGAAUUUGCUGGAGGUCUCUCCAUCAGGUGUACUUCACCUCGUUGUUACCGCCUCCCUCCCUGCGCUCUCAUUAACUUUUCCCACGGAGCGCGAGUGGAUCAAACCUCCCACAAACUCACCGCCAUCGUCAAACCUCAGCCCGCCACAGCCGCAAAUUUCAACUCACAGCGCCAGUUGUCCGGCCUGAACCACUCUCCACGUUCACCCUUUAUACCCACACAGCAUAACAACAAACAUGGUAUGGGGAAGGCAGCCUCCCAGGGCAACAGGAACUCUCCCUCUAAGGGUCCUAUCCAGAAACAACAGUCCAAGGAGUACAGUAAUGUGUGGCAGUCUCUGCAGAACUCUGGUCCUCCUCUCAACCCUCCUGCUCACUGGCACAAUGAAGGACUUUCCCAACAGCGGAAGAACCAGCACUCCAACGAAGCUGCCCCAGUUGGUGGCAUCAGACUGUUGAAGAAAAAUGAAGAUGUCAACUCCCUUUUCCCCCCACAGAACACAGCCAAUAAGGCUACGACUGAGUUUGAGGACCUGAUAGCCAGUCUCAAGAUCUCCUCGGGUAACCAGCAAACCCCGCCCCCUCCAGCUCCUCCUCAAGCACCCUCCAGCCAGUCAGAUGGCCCGUUGUCUCCGCAGUCCUUCGCCAUGAAGGGAACCCUGAUGCUGAAGGAGAUGCUGAAGAUUGACGGUGCUGGAACAGGAAGUCCCUCUUCUCAAGGGGCAGAUAACGCCGGUGGCCAGCAGCAGAACAGGAGACGAUCAUCCAAGAAACUAGCAGCAAAUAUGAACGCCCCCCACGGCGAUGCAGCUGCAAUGGCUUCUCCCGCAAUGGCCGUUUCUGCUAACCUCUCCAACGCUGGGCUGACCAGUAAGGUGUCAGAGCUGACGUGUGUCUGUUUGGGGUUAGGAAUGGCACCACCCGAUUUCAGCUACAUAGGCAACAGACAGGGUCGCACAGUAGUGUGUCAGGUGAAGCUGUCCAAUGGGUUGAUGGUUCAUGGUCCCCAGUGCCAAUCAGAAAAUGAUGCCAAGGAAAAAGCUGCCUUCUUUGCCCUCCAAAGACUGAACUCAGUGGGAUCUGGCUUCCCCCUCCCACCCCCUCUAUACCCAGGAGUGGGGCAGAUACGACCCCCAACCUUAGGAGCCAUGGGCCCCGUCUUCAACCAGCAAGGUGGUUUGCUGUUGCCCCACCAGGGUUUCGGCCCGGCCCCUCUGUGGGGAAUGCCGCUGCCUCCUCCCCACCAUCAAAACCAGCCGUUCUAUGGAGCAGCAGGAAACUUCCCUGGUGCUGCCCGCCCCCAACCCGCAGCAACAGUGCCCAUCGGCUCACACAACCAAUUUAUUCCAUUACAGGUGACUAAGAAGCGAGUCUCGGCCAACAAGAAGAACCAGGACACUCGGGAGUUUUACAGCGCCGCCCACAUUGUGAGCAGAAACGAGUCCCAGAAAGCCCACAACCAGCACAGCCAAUCUCUGGCUCCGGUUGAACCCCAGGGCGGUAAAGUCGACCAGCUGCACCAAUACGCCGCCAACACCAACCCCUCCUCGUCCAGUCCUGGUCAAGUCGACGGCGUUUCCACGACGAAUGCAGUCCCCCACACACCCCCUCGACAAAACGUCCCAUCCACGGGCCACACCCCUGGCUCCUCCGGCAAGAGGAAGCACAGAAAGCUGGCUGUCAACUUUGAGGCAGCCAAAGUCUCUGAGUGAUGAGCUGUUUUGUGUGUGUGUGUGU